AUGGUUCGUCUCCUGGUUUCACCGCGAUACGGCGGUCAGUUGACGCCAAUCAUCGCCGCCGCUGCCUUUGUCACCCUCUGCGUCGUCUACCUGCUCCGGUUCCACGGCACGAUAACCCCCUUCGCCUCGACCGGCUUCAGCUUCCGAACCUCAAAGACGUCCGGCCUCAACCUCGACGCCAUCAACGCGACGGCACAGUACUUUGUCGAGUACCCCCUCGGCCCGCCGUACAAGAAGGUGUUUGGAGAGCUCGGCGAGCGGACAAAGGUGCUGCGCUCAUGGAUCGAGGCACUCGAGGAAAAGGACGGUGGCCGCGCCGACGGCCUGCGAGUGGUGGGGGCCGAGAGGGAAUUCCUCGAAGCCCAGGUCGAGCGCGUCGCCGCAUCCCUGUUCCCCUACCUGCAAUCUCCGCCGAGGGACAUCCACAGCCAGUCACCUCUGGCCGAUCUCAGGCGAAGCUUCAUGGGCGCUGCUAAACAUGCCCCCGCGCGGCCCCCGGCCCAGCAAUCGCACGUGGGCGGCACCGCCUCUGGCAACGAGAAACCAGAGUACGUGCCGAGAAAUGCCGGCAUCGUCAUCCCGACGGGCCACGGCACGCUGCGGUUCGCGUGCCACUUGGUGGCGUCCCUGACGCGCGUUCACCAGACGACGCUUCCGAUACAGAUUGUGUACGCUGGUGACGAGGACCUAUCCGAGGACGACCGCGACACGCUCGUCCAAGCUGCCGAGGGCGAUGACGACCGCCUUGAAUUUUUGGACAUUUUGACCGUCUUCAACGACACGACGUUGAGGCUGGCAGAGGGCGGAUGGGCAAUCAAGCCCUUUGCCGCGCUCGGCAGCCGGUUCGAGGAAGUCAUCCUCCUGGACGCGGACGUUGUCUUCCUGCAGCGCCCGGAGCAGCUUUUCCAACAGCGAACGUACCAAGAAGAGGGCGCGCUCCUCUUCCACGACCGACUGCUCUGGAAAGACCAGUUCCCCGAGCGGCACGAGUGGUUCCACGAGACGUUCAAGCACCCGAGCAAGGAGCUGCAAAAGUCGCUCGUGUGGACGGAGAGGUACGCCGAGGAGGGCGACUCGGGCAUCGUGGUGCUCAACAAGGGCCGGCUGAACGUGCUCACGGGCCUGCUGCACACGGCGUGGCAGAACACAUACGCCGUGCGCAACGCGUGGACGUACAGGAUCACGUACGGGGACAAAGAGACGUACUGGAUCGGCCUCGAGGCCACGGGGUCGACGUACAGCUUCUCGCGGCACUACGGCGGCAUGGUGGGCUGGCGGAAGCCGUUCAGCGGGGUGCAGACGGACAUGACGCAGGUCUGCAGCUUCGUCAUUGCCCACGUGGACGAGGUGGAUAGCUUGUUGUGGUACAACGGCGGGCUGUUGAAGAACAAGAUGGACGACCCGAGCGAGUUUGAGGUGCCGACGCACUGGAUGAUUGACCAGCAAUGGGUCAAGGGGGCGAGGAAGAAGGACAUGAGUUGCAUGGUUGGCAUGAACGCGCGGGAACUCAGCGGGCCGGAGACCAGUGUGUUGAAGAGGAGUAUUGAGGCUGCAAAGGAUGUUGAUGAUCGACUUGGAUUAGUAUAG